AUGACAAUGGCGUGGUUGGCCUUAUUGGAAGACGCUGCAAAUGGUCGGAUUAGGAGGGAACGGGUGUUCCGUGAUUACACUGAUUUCCUGGCUCAUGACGAUGACUGGCUUAUCAGCCGAUUCAGACUUCCAAGAGCCAUUCUUUUGGAGCUCUGUGCUGAGUUGGGCCCGGGGUUGGAGAGGGAGAUGGCGAGGAGUCACGCCUUACCCGUUCCUAUCCAAGUCCUGACCACACUUGGGUUCCUAGCAACAGGCUCAUUCCAGAGGGAACUGGCCGACCGGUCGGGAAUGAGCCAGACAGCUCUCAGCCGCGCUAUUCCGUCUGUGUUAAAUGGGAUCAUCCGACUGUCGGCCAGGUACAUACGGUUUCCCUAUGAUGUGGCAGACCAAGCACAGAUAAAAGCGCAAUUUGCAGCGAUAGCCAGUUUUCCAAAUGUAAUCGGAGUGAUCGACUGCACGCAUAUUGCUAUAAAGGCGCCAUCUGAGGGUGAAUAUGCGUACGUGAAUAGGAAACAUUUCCACUCUAUAAACGUACAGAUUAUAUGUGAUGCCCAAAUGCGCCUGACAAAUAUCGUGGCAAGGUGGCCUGGGGCGACCCACGAUGCAUUCGUCCUGGCGAACAGCUCGGUGGGAAACAGGCUGGAUGCUGGCAGAGUGCGUGAUGGGUGGUUACUUGGAGACAGUGGCUACCCACUCCGAAAAUGGUUACUGACCCCCCUAGCCAACCCACGGACUGAUCAGGAGCAGCACUACAACAACCUCCACGCACGGACGCGGUCAGUGGUGGAGCGCACCAUUGGCCACCUGAAAAGCCGGUGGCGCUGCCUUGACCGGAGUGGGGGGGUGCUGCUCUAUCAGCCCGACAAGGCGUGCCGUAUUGCGCUGCCUGCUUCAGAUUACUUCACCAUCUUCAUGGAUGUAGCAGGAGAGGAGAGCAGGCAUGCUGCCUUGUCUGCACAGGGCCAUUUCCUAGGAGGACAGUAA